AUGAUUCACAAAGAUCCGCUUAACGAUAUUGUAGUGUUCAAGUACACACCGCCGAAUCACGUCUUCGAGAUGAACCAGACGGGGUUCCAAUACUGCAUCAAGCCACCAGUAAACCUGGCCCUGACCACUGGAAAUGAUGUCGUCACAAUCGUGACCCCGGGGAAGAAACGGUACAUUUGUGGAGUUGGUGAGCACUGCAUCCUGUUUCAGCAGAAGCUCGCAAUCAACGUGCGCGAAGCCAAUGCUCCUACUCCUGCUCCUGCUCCAACGGCCCUGGCUCCAACUCCUUCCUCCAAUCAGUACUUCUCCUCUGCCUUCUCCAUCAUAGCUCUCCUCCGGAUCUAA